AUGGGGAAUCUCUAUCACAUGUUGUGUGUGCUGUGUACUUUAUGCGUAGUGAGAAGUGCAGGCGAAUUUAUAGCAAUGUCACAGUAUCACCGUAUGCCAAAGCUCUGGCAGAUGGACGAUUAUGACGAGUGUCUACAGUCAUCUGGACCGGAUGAACCGCCCGAUGUGUAUUGCGGCAGUACGGUCGUACUGAAACCGGACAAUCGAUCCGAACUAUGGAAAUUUAUUGAGGAAUUUUCUAGCGACUACAAACGACACUACAAUCACAAGGUGCUGAGACGAUUCGUGUGUAUUAAAAAAUGUCAAAAGGUGGUUGAAAAACUAUCGCCACAGGAAAGAAAAGCCCUUACGGUAGAAACGUUUCCAAUCGACUUUAGGUACAAUUUUAAAGAUGGCAUUUUAGAAAACACCCUAACCUAUCAGGAUUUGUAUGCAGACCUAGUGGAGAUUUGCAUCAACAAGCAACUGAACGAAACGUACGGAUUGUUGGCUCAUACAGAGAUAGUGUCGUGCGACAAAUCAUCCGAUGAGUUAUCUUUGGAUGCACUUGACAAGUCCUUUUUGAUCAUUCUUUGUCUGCUUAUACUAUGUGUGAUCCUAUCAUCCUGGUACGACAGCUCAAUCAACUACAAGCUCAGCACCGAACACUACAAACAUUCGCUCGAGAGUAAACGAAAAAUGGUUUUGGUGUCCUUCUCGAUCCAACGCAACUGGUAUCGGCUAACGUCACGCUCGCGUGAUGAAACGCAUCAAAAGUUACGCUUCCUUCAGGCGUUUCGGUUUUUCACCAUGUCACUGGUUAUCUUUGGCCAUGCAGCCUUACUGCUGGUCGUCUCACCUACAACCCAUUCGGAAAAGCUCGAGCAAGUGAUGCACAGCGUCGGUAGCGCGAUUCUCACGAACGGUGUGCAGAUCACGCAAACGUUUCUCGCGAUGAGUGGAACACUGUUGGCGAUCCAGGUGUUGAGCUUUGCCGAGAAGCGUAAGGGUCGCGUAAGCUAUCUUUACGUGCCGGUGGCUAUUCUGUACAGAUACAUAAGGUUAACUCCAGUCUAUGCGUUUGUGAUUUUGCUUCAUGCCACGUGGUUGCUUAAGCUACAAACCGGUCCACUGUGGCGUGUGGGUGCAGAAACGGAGCAAACGUUCUGUCGCCGCAACUGGUGGACGAAUUUGCUGUACGUAAACAACUAUGUGCAUGCGGAUGAACCGUGUAUCCAGCAAGGAUGGUAUCUUGGGACCGAAUUUCAAGUAUUCAUCAUAGCACUGAUCGUACUGAUCACGAUCAUAAAAUUUCCUCGAGCCAAAAUUGCCAUUCUAUCGCUUGUGCUUGCCGCGGCGUACAUCGUUCCAGCUUUCUUCAUAUACCACCAAAAGCUAGAGGGAACGUUCCUCGUUACGCUGGAAGCCCAACGGUACGUCCUCUGGUACGACAAGUUCUACCUGCAGGCGUACAUCCCGGCGCACAUAAACUUCGGCAACUACAUGCUGGGCGUGCUGACCGGUGUCAUCUACAACGAGCUACGCCUGCGUUCGAUAAAUCUCACCGAAAGUAAAGCGUUCCGCGUCGUAUGGUAUGCAACGUUGCUGAUCUUUCCACUGUCCUUGAUGCCGGCGUACAUAUUCUACGUGAACGAUUUCGAAAAACCGUCCCUGUGGAUGGCGAUUUAUUUCCCCAUCAUGAAGAAUCUUUUCGGUAUCGGGAUAGGCAUUAUUCUUAUUGGUUGCAUCUACGGCGUUAAUGGUGUACUGCAGCGUAUACUCAACUAUCCGUUCUUUGAGCCGUUGGGCCGAUUAGCGUACGGUGCGUACCUGAUACAUACGUACGUGAUGCGCUUCAUGUUUAUCAGUGCACGGGGACCGGUUUACUACAGCGAUGCACUUACGCUUUCCUUGGUGUGUGGUGCGAUAGUAAUGUCCUGUUUGCUGUCACUUGUUCUCUGUUUGCUGGUCGAGUUACCUACUUCCGCGCUUCAGAAUCAUAUCCUGUUUGGUAGUUUUAAAGGUAAAAGUAAAAAGCCGAAUCGGGUGGACGAAGAAAGUGCUACAAAUAACAAUGAAAAACCGAUCGUACCGAGUUUUGAAGAAAAGAAGGAUGAGAUCAACCGCCGCAACACGUGGUGGAAAAGUGAGUCUCACCUGCUCACGCUCACGCGGAUGCGAGCGGGCGGGCUGGAUCACUUUCGCAACGAAGCGAUCGAAACGUUUGGACCAGGGAUAACGGUGACGGGACGAAACCAUUCUAAACCAAAACGCCGUUGGCACCGUUCGGCGAGUAUAGACCCCUAUUUAAACUCACAUAAUGAUCAUCCAAACGCCCAUUUUCAUAUUUCUCUAAUCGAUUCACUUCUACUACAACUCACCUACCAUUUCCUCCUACCUGCAGUGGACGAAUACUAUCGUAUGCCCAAGAUUUACGACUACGAUGACUACGACCGGUGUGUCGCACAAGCGCCCCAAGUUCCCGCCGAGGACGUCGUUUACUGUGUCGCGCGCACGAUCAUCAAACCGGAUCAAGAGUCGAGCCUUUGGCGACUGGUCGAGAAUUUCUCCAACGACACCAAGCGACACUUUCGUCACGAUCAUCUGGAUCGUGGCUUUUGUAUCGAACGAUGCCGUCAGCUGGUACAGUCACUCGAUCCAAACGCGGCGGAACAACUGUUUGUGGACAAGUUUCCCAUUUCCUUUCCGUACAUCAUGCACGCAGACGUCUUCAACAAUGUAAGCAACGAUCGUGCACGAUACGGUCGUUUGAUUAAUAUCUGUCAGAAUCAUGCCCUCCGCCAGCGAUACAAUUUGUCUGGCUACACCGAAAUUGAGUACUGUACUGGUCCGAACCGAAGCACACCGAUCGAUGGGCUGGACAUUAGUUUUCUGAUCAUCACGGGCAUGAUCUUGCUGCUGGUAAUCAGUUCCACGUGGUACGACCACUACACUAGCAAGCAGCUAGGCAAUGAGCAUUACAAAAAGGAUGUUCCAUGUCGAAAAACGAUGGUUCUGACUUCGUUUUCACUCGUCCGUAACUGGUACCGAUUGGUAUCCCGCUCUAAGGAUCAACUGAACGAAGAUUUGAAAUUUUUCCAAGCGAUCCGAUUCUUCACCUUCUGCCUAGUGGUUGUCGGACACUGUGGUGAUCUGUUUACCACUACAUCGUUUGCAAACACGCAGGACCGUGAAGCAGAGUACUACAGUCCGCUCGGGCACAUGCUGAUAAACGGAUCGCUAAUUGUGCAGUCAUUUUUCGAGAUGAGUGGCUUUCUGCUCAGCAUACAUUUCCUCACCACACAGGCCAAGAUGAAAACGGUUAGCUGGGCCGCUAUAUUUGUGACGGUCGCGUACAGAUACAUCCGACUUACACCAGCGUACGCAUUUAUUUUAUUGCUGCAUGCAACCUGGUUGCCGAAGCUACAGGAUGGUCCACUGUGGCCCCGUGGUGCUGAAGUUGAGCGUAACCUGUGCCGGCGGAACUGGUGGACCAAUCUGCUGUACGUUAACAACUACGUUAAUGCGGACGAACCGUGUCUCCAACAAGCAUGGUAUCUGGCCUGUGACUAUCAACUGUUUACGGUGGGACUUAUAAUUCUAGUGGCAGUUACUAAGUAUAAAAAGUAUGUAGUUCACAUCUUUAGCGUUUCUGGCGCGAUUGCUAUCCUGAUACCAGCGUUAGUUGUCUACUUCUAUCAGUUUGAUGGUGUGUUUGUCGUCACAUUGCAGGCGGAACGUUUCAUUUACUGGUUUGACGAGAUGUACCACAAGAUCUACAUACCAUUCCAUACGAAUAUUGGCUGCUACGUAGGAGGUGUAGUCUAUGGCUAUUUGUACUAUCGUGUUCGUACAUCCGAUAACAAGGGCAACCGAUCAGGAUUCCUCAAAUUCCUUUGGUACAUGACAGUGCCCUGCGGUAUGUUGACGCUCAUGAUCAGUAUGAUCUUCUAUUCGAACAACUUUGAAAAACCAUCGCUCUGGAUAUCGCUCUUCUUCCCGCUGCACAAAAAUGCUUGGGCGCUGUUCGGUGCCAUCGUCCUGUACGGGAUCAUUUACAACUACAAUCGAUUCAUCAAGAGUGUCGUCAAUUUCCCACUCUUUGUACCGCUGGGACGGCUGACGUACUGUGCGUAUAUUAGUCACGUGUUCUUCCUGAAGAACUUUUUCUACGGGACGCGUGAUGUUCCAUACUUCAGCAACGUGUCGAUGUACACAAAAGUGAUUUCGGUGAUAGUAGCAUCGUACAUCUUGGGUGCCAUUGUUGCUCUCACCCUGGAGUUCCCCAUCUCUGCUCUGCAGAAGCAUUUGCUCUCCAAGCAGCUCGAGAAAAUAUCAAAACCAGAACCACCGAAAGAAAACAACAAUGAGCUUAGUCCACCUUCUGCUUAACGGAACCAAAAA